UCAGACCCAUUUUUUCUAUAAAAUUCUUCAACUUUCAUCACUAUUUGUCUGUUUGGCUGUCACUGUAGAUUGAAUUAUAAGAAACCCAGUCCAAGAAUUAAGCUUUAAGAAAGAUGAGAGCUUGGUGAAAAUUUUUCGGUAUUGAUUUCAAGUUGAUGUGACAAUGUUGCCUGUUUGCUCGGCCACCUCAAACUGUGCUUCUCUUUCUCAGAUUUCAUUACAUGGACUGCGAUCGUUGUCUCCACUCCAGAAGGACUUUGAGCUCAGAUGUAUUGUGGAAGACAGUGUUUUCUUAGGCUUGCCAAAUGGAAAUCAAUCCCGUGGAGAAAUCUUUAAAACACAAGCUAUAAAGUCUUUCUACUCUAACAGUCACUCCUGCCUUACAAAAUCAGAUUAUUUGGGAUGCAAGAUUUCAAACGUCUGGAGUUCUUCAAUUGGAACAAUAAAUGAGCGAUGCCUCUUAGGAAGGGUUGAAGUGAAUUAUAUAGAGAAUUCUAGCACAGCUGCAGUGGAAGAGGAAUUCAUGGACUUGAUGGAGCAGUCACCUCAAAAUUCAAACAUUUUACUGGGACCUGUAGAACCUGAAACCAUAUCAACUACUGAAAUGACACCAGAGUAUUCAACCUCUGUAUCUGACUCUCUAGACAUGAAUAACGAUACAUUGUUAAAUUCGAAAACAAGUAUUGAUGAUUUCCUGGCUGGUGUUAAUAAGUCCUUAAGUGUUUCAGUAAAUAAGGGAGAAAAUGUUGUGAAAAGCUCUCUAGAUGCAAUUACUUCAUCAAUCACAUCUAUCACUAAAAGGUCUACUGCUGCAGUGGAUAAUGCCAUUAGUGGAGUUUUUUCAACUGCUGAUCAAGGCAGAGAAUUGGCUGGUAAUAGAUUAACAAGCUUUUCAAGUGACUUGAAGGAAGCUGCAAGUAAAGCAUCUGUUGUUGCUGUUGAUGUAUUGAGGCGUACAAUUGUGGCAGUGGAGGAUUCUUUGACAAAUGGGACUUCCUUUAUCGUUUAUUCUUAUGGGUCUGCUAAGGAGAUGCUUCCUCCAAACAUUAGGGAUACUCUGAAUUUGUCUGAAGAGAGAGCAAUAGAACUCUUGAGGCCAGUCAGGACGGCUUUUCAACAGGUUUAUAUUGCUAUUGAGGGGCUGGAGAAAAAUUUAGGUUUGGAUCCUUCGGAUCCAAUUGUUCCAUUUGUUCUUUUACUUGGCACCUCAACCACUUUAUGGGUUUUUUAUUGGGUGUGGACAUACAGUGGUUACUCAGGAGAUUUAUCUCCUAAAGUAACUUUGGAGGUCUUGACUGGGAAGGAGAAUGCUGUACUCAUUGAUGUCCGGCCUGAGGUUCUAAGAGAACGAGAUGGUAUACCUGAUCUUCGACGUGCAGCUCGGUUUCGUUAUGCUAGUGUAGCUCUUCCUGAGGUUGAUGACUCUGUAAGGAAGUUAUUAAAGAGUGGAAGAGAACUGGAUGACACCUUAAUUGCUGCUGUCAUUCGAAAUUUGAAGAUUGUUCAGGACAGGUCCAAGGUCAUAGUCAUUGAUGCUGAUGGUACUCGCUCCAAAGGCAUUGCAAGGUCCUUGAGAAAUCUUGGGAUUAAGAAACCAUACUUGGUCCAAGGUGGCUUUCAAUCUUGGGUAAAGCAGGGUCUCCGUGUUAAGGAUCUCAAACCAGAGACGACACUUGCUGUACUCAAUGAGGAAGCUGAGGCAAUCCUGGAGGAAAUCCGUCCUUCUCCAGUGCAAGUUCUUGGGUUUGGUGUGGGUUCCAUUGUGGCACUUUAUGCAACACUAGAGUGGGAGAAGACACUACAACUUAUAGGCAUUGUUGGCUUGGGUCAGACCAUCUUUCGGCGGGUUGCUUCUUAUGAGGGCCCUGAAGAUUUUAAGCAAGAUGUGAGGCUGCUGCUUGCUCCUGUCAGAGUUGGAGCUCAAGCAUUUUCAUGGGCUGCUGGAAAAUUGGAAACAAACCGCAUUGGACUACCAACAUCCCCUUCAUCCUUAGAUGUUCAAAACCGGGUCUUGCAGGCUGCUGCAAAGCAUGGAUCUCAACCACCUGAUACCGAAGGUAUCCAAGAGCCAUCUCCUGAAUCAACAAUUCCUGUUACUGAGAAUGUAGAUCUAUCGGAAGCAUAAGGUUGAGAUGGUUCUUGUACAGUACAUCAAUUCGAGCCUCACAUUCAAACGCAAGAAUUGAGCUGAGUUGUAUUAUCAGUGAAUCCAAGUUAACUUCAGUGACUGGAUAGAGUUAUUAAUAACCAGUAAUUGCAUAUUGACUUCUUUUGUGAAAUUUAAGGUGACCUUGUACAUUUCAUUGUCAGUGAAGCAAGUUUUUGACAUUUCAUUAACUUGGCUGCAUUCCAGACAGAUAAACUAUACUUUAAAAGCAAGCACCAACUUUCUUAAAUGCUAAGGUGGUUUUCUAACC